AUGGACGAGUACGGGAUAGAAGUAAUCUGGCCGCGUGAAUUGUUAAGGGAUUAUGGUGGUGGUGGUGGUGGUGUUUGGAUCACCUACGCCAAGGAUCACCUACGCCAAGGAUCACCUACGCCAAGGAUCACCUACGCCAAGGAUCACCUACGCCAAGGAUCACCUACGCCAAGGAUCACCUACGCCAAGGAUCACCUACGCCAAGGAUCACCUACGCCAAGGAUCACCUACGCCAAGGAUCACCUACGCCAAGGAUCACCUACGCCAAGGAUCACCUACGCCAAGGAUCACCUACGCCAAGGAUCACCUACGCCAAGGACCACCUACGCCAAGGACCACGUACGCCAAGGACCACGUACGCCAAGGACCACGUACGCCAAGGACCACGUACGCCAAGGACCACGUACGCCAAGGACCACGUACGCCAAGGACCACGUACGCCAAGGACCACGUACGCCAAGGACCACGUACGCCAAGGACCACGUACGCCAAGGACCACGUACGCCAAGGACCACGUACGCCAAGGACCACGUACGCCAAGGACCACGUACGCCAAGGACCACGUACGCCAAGGACCACGUACGCCAAGGACCACGUACGCCAAGGACCACGUACGCCAAGGACCACGUACGCCAAGGACCACGUACGCCAAGGACCACGUACGCCAAGGACCACGUACGCCAAGGACCACGUACGCCAAGGACCACGUACGCCAAGGACCACGUACGCCAAGGACCACGUACGCCAAGGACCACGUACGCCAAGGACCACGUACGCCAAGGACCACGUACGCCAAGGACCACGUACGCCAAGGACCACGUACGCCAAGGACCACGUACGCCAAGGACCACGUACGCCAAGGACCACGUACGCCAAGGACCACGUACGCCAAGGACCACGUACGCCAAGGACCACGUACGCCAAGGACCACGUACGCCAAGGACCACGUACGCCAAGGACCACGUACGCCAAGGACCACGUACGCCAAGGACCACGUACGCCAAGGACCACGUACGCCAAGGACCACGUACGCCAAGGACCACGUACGCCAAGGACCACGUACGCCAAGGACCACGUACGCCAAGGACCACGUACGCCAAGGAUCACGUACGUCAAGAUAAUCGUUGUCCAAUAUUUGAUCAAAUAGCCCCUUAA